AUUUGAGGGUGGAAUCAUAACAGAAUUUUCAUUAUAUUUAGUUAUUAAUUAAGAAUAAAGAACAAUGUAAAAAGCUCUAAAUACUUUUGAAAAAUUAGAUGCAUUUGGUGUUCCUAUUUUCCUUCUGUCUAAUACAAACAAUUAAAGAUACUAAAGCAAAGUUGGAGGAAUAUUAACAAUUCUGUUAAGUGGUUUAAGUUUAGUGUAUUUUUUAUAUGUGAUUGCUCUAUGGAUUGAUAACAAAAUAGCACCUACUAUCAGUUCUAAGACAAUAACGAUUGGUUAUGCUGAGUUUUAAGUAUAAGAAUCUAUGAUUCAAUUAUCAUUGGAGGAUUUCACUGGGGAUGUUGAUCCUUUCAAGAAAGAGAAUAAUAUAAUUACACCACUUUUAGUGACUUUUAUGAAUACAACUGUUUAAAAAAAACCAAUUCCUUUGUUUUCAAAUGACUAAAAUCCUUAUAUAAUUGAAUUAAGCAAUGUUAGCCUUGUGUUAAAUACAUUAGAUUUUUAAUCUCAGAACUUUAAAACAUAAGAAUAACAUUCCAUUUUUCUUGUAAGAUGCUAAAAUUAAUUUCUUGUUGAGGGAAGUUACUGUGCUGAUGAUACAACAAUAGAUGAAUAUAUAUCUAAAUUUCAUGGGUUUUUAUUUAUUAAAAUCAAAUUAAGCUAAUUAAAUUCAAUUACAUAAGAAUUAGAACAAUUUAAAAAGCUGUAUUAUACAAAUUUUGAUGUUAAAAGACCACAAUACUCUCAAAUAAUGUUGAAAUAGCAAAGUUCUAUAAUCGAUAAUGGUAUUAUAUUUAAUGACUAUGAAUAUUUUAAUUUUGUAACUAACUAUGAAUUAAUCACUUAAGAGAUUGAUAAAACAUAUGGAACAAAUGUAAUGAAUUCAAUGUCAAAAUUUAAUUAUACAUUUGAUUGCUAUGGGAGUUAUUUAUUUAGGAUAGAUAAUAUUUCAAUUGUUGAACAAAUAACUUAUCCUAAAUUGGGUUCUGUUUUAGCAUAAAUUGGAUCUAUAAUUUAACUAAUAUUUAUGUUGAAAUAUGUUGUGUUAUAAUAUAAUAAUUAAUUAUCCGAAAAUGAGAUAUUAAAUGAAAUAAUUACAAUGUACUAUCCAGAAUUUAAAUAAUAUUCAAUGAAUUUUUUAAAUCAAUUGUAAUUUGAUAAUUAGGAUAAGGACUUAUUAGACAAUUUGAAAUUAAAAUACUAGACAUUGCGAAAAUUUGCAAGAGAAAAGUGCCGGUUGACUAACAUGCUUUAUGAAAUUUCAAGAAUACAAUUUAUUCUAUAAGACAAAUUUGGAGAUUCAAUUUUAUCAUAAAGUCACUAAAUGGGAGGGAAACUUUAGAAAACUUAAGUAGAAUUACUAAGUUCAAGAGAAUAAAAUCGGCUGUAAAUAAAACCUAUAGAUUCAAUUGAUUUAGAAAACUAAUGCCAUUCUUUAGAACCAUUGGAAAUAUUAAUAAAAUAAACCUGA